AUGAAGGCUUUUCACUGGAUCCUCCUGUACUGCGCUGCACCCCUGCUGUCUGAUGUACAGGGCACAUACCACCUCAUGGCAGGGGAUCCCGAGCUAAUGGCUGCUCAGAGUUAUGCUCAAACCAGAAAUAAUGGGCACCCACCGCUCAGGACCCUGAAUCCAGCAAAGACAGACUCUCAGUGCAGAAGCCGUUCCCUGGACCUGGUCUUCAUCAUUGACAGCUCUCGCAGCGUGCGUCGAGGAGAGUUUGAGAAGGUUAAAAUCUUUCUGGCCAACAUAGUCGACACCCUUGAAGUGGGCUCAGAUUCCACCAGGGUGGCUGUGGUCAACUACGCCAGCACGGUCAAGACAGAGUUCCUGCUCAAAGACUAUUUUAGCAAACUAGACUUGAAGAAAGCCAUCUCCCGCAUUGAGCCUUUGGCGACUGGCACCAUGACCGGCCUCGCCAUCAAAACUGCAGCGAAUGAAGCUUUCACCGAGCAGUCUGGAGCCCGGCCUCGUUCUAGGAAUAUCUCCAAGGUGGCCAUCAUCGUGACAGACGGGAGACCUCAAGACCAGGUGGAAGAAGUGUCUGCUGCAGCCCGGGGAAAGGGUAUCGAGAUCUACGCUGUCGGGGUGGACCGUGCAGACAUGCGAUCCCUUCAGCUGAUGGCCAGCACCCCUCUGGAGGACCACGUCUUCUACGUGGAGACCUACGGCGUCAUCGAGAAGCUCACGUCCAAGUUCAGAGAGACCCUGUGCGGUGUGGACCCCUGCUCCAUGGGACACGACUGCGAACACAUUUGUGUCAACAGCAACGCCUCGUAUUACUGCAAGUGCCGGAAAGGUUAUAUCUUGAAUCCGGACAAGAAAACAUGUUCCCUGAAACAGGUGAAGGUCGAGGUGGUGGAGGAUCCCUGCAAAUGCGAGGCUAGACUGGCUUUCCAGAAGCAGACGCAGGCAGCCAUCCAACAGCUCGCAGCCAAGCUUGCUGACGUGACUGGGAGAAUAGAGCGUCUUGAGAACACGGUGGGCCGUGCCUGAAACUUUGCACAGCCAGAUGACUUUUGUUGCUCCUACAGACUACUGCAUCAUGGGGAGGAACUUCCUGUGAUCCACUCUAACUUCAACCACAGACUGAGAGAAGCAAUGACUCACAAAUCAACCCCGCAGGUUACUGACUGCUGAGCAACAAUGUCUACAAAUAAACUUUAUUUUAACUUUUUAUUGAUGAUUUUUUCCCCCCAAAUCUACUGUAAAUGUUACUUAAACUAAACCCCCAGGAGCAUAUUAAAAUAUAUA